UCCAGGGAAACGCGCUUGCGGACGGAGCGCCAGAGAAGCGGAGGCGCAUCCAGGGGUCCAGCGGCGUCCAGUGGCGUCCAGUGGAGUCCGACUGUCAUGAGUGACCGCUGAGGGGAGCGAGGCGCUAGGAGACCGAGGAACGACUGUGGAGAGCAGCCAUGCCCCUGGUGAAGAGAAGCAUCAAACCGAGGCACCUGUGCCGAGGGGCCCUUCCCGACAGGGUGACCAGCGAACUCGAGUGCGUCACCAACAGCACUCUAGCAGCCAUCAUCAAGCAGCUGGGCAGCCUGAGCAAGCAUGCAGAGGACAUCUUCGGGGAGCUGUUCAUUGAGGCCAACAGCUUCUACAUGCGUAUGAACAGCCUGCAGGAGAGGGUGGACCUGUUGGCCGUUAAGGUCACCCAGCUAGACUCCACUGUGGAGGAAGUCUCUCUUCAAGACAUCAACAUGAGGAAAGCCUUCAAGAGUUCCACCAUCCAGGACCAGGAAGUGGUCUCCCGGACCUCCAUCCCAAACCCUGUGAUGGAGAUGUACCACCAAUGCGACAAGCCCCCGCCCCUCAAUAUUCUCACUCCGUACAGAGACGACAAGAAGGACGGACUGAAGUUCUACACAGAUCCCUCCUACUUCUUCAACCUGUGGAAGGAGAAGAUGCUGCAGGCAACAGAGAACAAGCGGAAGGAGAAGAGGAGGCAGAAGGAGCAGAAGUUGGUGGAGGACCCGAGCCGUGAGGUGAAGAAGGUACGCAAGGCGCGGAACCGGCGUCAGGAGUGGAACAUAAUGGCCUACGACAAGGAGCUCCGCCCAGAUGCCCGUCUGACCCCGUCGCCCUACCAUGGCAUGUCCUCCGAAAGCUCGCUGUCGCCUGACAACAGGUCCAUGAUGUCAGAUGUGGGAGAGCACUCAUACCCUGCCAGCCCCAGCCACCCCUUCCAGCAGGUCACUGGCUCCACUUCCUACACCACAGCUGAUGGCAAGGAACUCCUGGCCGCCCCCUGCCACACCCAGUCGCUGGACCGUGCGUACCGUGUCCCGGCCACCGCCGCUGCCGGCCGACAGAACUCCCUGGGCCGCCCGCAGCCCCCCUACACCCCUCCCGGUGCCGACUCCGCUGCCAAUGGUCCGCACUCUCAGCCUGUCAAGGAAUACAGUGACUAUGACCGUGUGUGGUUCUGCAGUGCGCAGCAGAUGCCGGAGUACUUUGUACCACCGGUGCCACCCGCACCCCCUCCGCUCAUCCCCUCUGCCCAGACGGCCUUCGACAGCCCCGCCGCUCCACCCACCCUUCCAUCCUACACGGCGGCCGCCGUGUCUCGGCCCUACUGCCCCUCUCCUCCCCCCGCCCCACCCUCCGGCUACAACCCCUCUCUGUGCCACCCUGCUGCUGGGGGCCCCCCGGUGGCACCCCCUCCACCUCCACCUGGUCCCCUGGCCCACAUCAUGUCCCCAGCCCGUGUCAUGACCCCCGCCAGCAGCGAAGUGCCACCAAAGAAGGGCCAGGUGCCGGUGAUCCCCAUGAGCGAUGCCCGCAGCGACCUGCUUGCUGCCAUCCGCAGAGGGAUCCAGCUGCGCAAGGUUCAAGAGCAGCGGGAUCAGGAGGCCAGGAAGGAGCCUGUGGGAAACGAUGUGGCCACCAUCCUGUCCCGCCGCAUCGCCGUGGAGUACAGCGAGUCGGACGACGACUCGGAGCUCGAGGAAAACGAGUGGUCGGACUGACGCGGGGCACCUGAAGGAUGUAGGCGUGCGGAAUCGCACGCUCCUGCGCUCACUGGGAGGGGCUGUGGCUUCGCGUCUUUCGCCUGCUGGACGGACAGUGACAUUGCGGCAGGGCUCCGUUGCACCGCAUCGACUACGGUGUACCUCGUCGUCUCGGUCGCUGCUUCGGCCAGCCCGGCGUGUUAAAAACACACGCUCGACAUAACAUAGUUCUGCCGUCACUGGUUAGGGGACAAGUGGAGCUUAAGUGUGAGUGUUAAGUGCGAGAGCGAAAUGACCACAGCUGUCUGCCUGUCCGUCCGUCCGUCCGUCCAUCCGUCUGUCUCUGGCGUCCAGCAGAGCCCCAACCCCCACGUGACCCCAGGGACUCGGGCCUCGCUCUAAGAGCCGCUGUUGUUCUGCCAGGGUGGCGUAAGCACUCUUCGGGCGAACGCUGCCUUCACCUCUCUAUUUCUGCAACAUCCACAUGCUUUAUUAGUCUUCGUCAUUUGGUGAAGUACACUGACCCGCCACAUUCGUAAACAAACGAGGAUUCCUGUGAUGCACGGGGGGGUGGGGGGGUUUCAGUCAAAGUGCACAGAGGUGUCAGAUGCACUUGAGCAGGGAGGCCGCAGUCAGAAAGGGCUUCUCUCGAUGUUCUCGAAAUACAGAGAGACACACCAGACCUCGAGACCUUCGACCUGUGAACAGCUGGUACUUUCCUGGUUUUUUUUCCCUGCAUUAUCUCUGAGGGUUUUCUGCAGCUUCUUGAAUGAUGUGUGUAAUGAGUGAAGGGACUGACAGCUGUGGUUCGGUUCGCACGCUUCAGCAGGGGUGUUUGCAAAUUCGUCUCGAGGUUUUACCAAGUGUGGGCAGGCAAUAUGGGAUUUGCAGUGAACGGAAAAACUUGCUGUAACGGGAACGCGUGUAACAGUAUUCCGAACUUUAUUUCGGCAUCCUUCUUCCCAGUUUAUUAUAACUACCAUAUAGUACCAUAUAGUACAAGUUAGACAAUGUUAUUUAUCUGGCUGGGAAAGUUCUCCACUCCAUGUGUCUCAUUACCGCCGGUGAGAAGCGCCAUUCAAAGCACUGCAGCAUUUCUUCCUUCGGGACCGAGGUUAAAGUGCAUUUCGCAGUUCAAUAUAAGACAUUAUGUGUGUUUAAAAACGAUACGUCUCUGUCGUGCACAUGGAUCCCCUUGGAGAGCACAUGUACCCUGUAGCAACAGUGAUGAGCUCUUGUGUUCUUGUUUUGGACAUUUUUUUUCACAUCUCUUGUACUCCACGGUAUUGUGUCAUUUGAAAUGCAGUGUCCCUUUCGCUUGCCACUUUACCUCGUUCUUCUGUGGUACUAGUUGACAAGUGGCUCCUUUACUGGCCUUCAGAUCUUCUGCAGAUUUGCAGCGAUGCAGUUUUGUAAAUUCUGGUGCUUCAUUGCGUGAAAGACCAAACCCUGUGAAUUUUUCCUCAUAUUUCUUAUAGUCAUCACACAGUUGCCUAUUUGCCAAUAAUGCAAACAUUUGUAGGUUCAAUACGCGUGUGUGUGUGUGUGUGUGUGUGUGUGUGUGUGUGCGCGCGCGUUUGUGGGUUUCUGCGCCUGUGUGUGACUUCCACUGAUUUCAGUUUUUUUUAGCACUAGGCCAUUAGCACAUUUUCUUCUCUAGCCGUUGACAAGAGUGGUUCAGUCGUGCUGGGAUUGUUCCUUUGCUGUCGUUGAUUUAAAUGUGUGCCACAAGCAGCUGAGAAAGGAGGAACUGCCAUCACUGGACAGACACAGAAACAAGUAAAAGGGCUGGGGGACGGCCCGCGGUGUGUACAAACUUUUAAAAUAACUAGUGGAUAGUGUUUUGUACUGAUCUUUCUUUUUAAAUAUCUUUGGGCAUCGGUAUAUGGAACAUAUCUGUACCUGUGGCACAAUAUAGUGAACAUAUGCAUGUAUUAAUAGCUAAUAAAAUGAGAGAAAUGCCUUUGAAACGUGGUAUUUUCUGCUUUCUACAUGUAAGUGAUGAACCGGACCGAGGAGUGUGUGCGUCUGUAUCCUGAAAAACCCUCCGCAUCAUAGUUGAUCGUGAUGUCAAAGCAGAAGAACCCAAGAGCAACUGAGGGAUUAACCUGGGAAUUCUGGACUUGCCCUAAAUUGUAGAAUUCGUUCGUUCGUUCGUUCGUUCGUUCGUUCAUUCUUUCAUUCAUUCCAACUGUGGCCAGCUAAAGCAUUGUCUGAAUGUAAAACGGCACAUUUUUACAUUUUGGGCACUUAUUCUCAUGCUUUUACUGUCAUUGUGACAAGGACUUGCGGGCUGCGAGUUCCACCUUGUGUGUUCAUGUCCAGCUGUUUCUGCACUGCCGUUGCUGACAGUCCAACGGCGCCACAGAGCAGUGGCCAACGACAGCCGCUGUUCCCCCAACGAGGCCUUGACCGAUGCAGACGGCGGCCUCCGAGCGUCAUCCUGGCUCUCGUGUCGCUUCACUUUGCCGUGCUGAGCAUCUCCCUGGGGCCUGUUUCAGGAGCGUCGCCACUUACUCAGCUCGUAAGGAGAUGAGAGCCAAAGUUGGACAAAAACCGCUUCCAUCCCUCCCUUGCCUUGGAAACCAUCCAAACUGUCGCGAUGAGUUCAGCUCGGUUCUUCGGCGCUUCCGUCCGUCCACGGACCGAACGCUCGCAAACACGACAUACGUACUUUCGGCCGUGCUCGGUGCGUAUGCUUCAAUUCAGCCUUUACUGCGGAAAACAGAACGGGAGAGACAAACGAAAUCGCUGAAAACAAUGCCCACGAAGGCUCGCUUGCCGAACACGCUGACGUGGUGCGUCGCAGCUGCAAGUGGGAGCGAUGAGAUCGGCGCCCAAUCGCUGUGCCCUUUGCAUAUUGUUCCAGUAUUCACUCUGGUUUCUUGUACAGUCCAAAGACACGUGGUGAUUGUGAAUUGCACCAUGUUGUGUGUAUGUUUGUGUCCGUGUGUGUGUGUGUGUCUCU